AUGGCCGAUGUCGGGGAGGAGACCAGCCACGUGGCCGAGCCACUCGACCUCGUGAGACUGCUGCUCAACGAGGUGGUUUUCGUCAAGCUGCGUGGUGACAGAGAGCUCAAGGGCAAGCUUCACGCCUACGAUAGUCACUGCAACUUGGUGCUGGGCGAGGUGGAAGAGACCAUUUACGCCGUCGACGAUGAUGAGGAGGAGAGCGACGAGGUCAAGACCAUUAGCAGGAAAUCAGAAAUGUUGUUUGUAAGAGGCGAUAGCGUCGUUUUAAUCUCUCCUCAAGUUCCUUUCUAG